CUGCGCAUCCUCCCACGCGGUUCGGGCCAGGCCUGUGCCGUGCCGGUGACUCGCGGCCUCCGGCUCCCGGCGCGGUCGCCUUCCCGGCUCGCGGCCUCCCCAGCCGUGGCACCGCCAUGGCGCUCAACAAUUUUCUCUUCGCGCAGUGCGUCUGCUACUUUUUGGCCUUCCUGUUCAGCUUCGUGGUGGUGGUGCCGCUGUCGGAGAAUGGCCAUGACUUUCGCGGCCGUUGCCUGCUCUUUACCGAGGGUAUGUGGCUGAGCGCCAACCUGACGAUGCAGGGGCGGGAGCGCUUCACCGUGCAGGAGUGGGGCCCGCCAGCCGCCUGCCGCUUCAGCCUGCUUGCCAGCCUCCUGUCGCUGCUGCUGGCCGCUGCGCACGCAUGGCGCACGCUCUUCUUCCUCUGCAAGGGACACGAGGGCUCCCUCUCUUGGCUCCACCGCAGCACCUUCUUCUAUGCCUUCCUGAACCUCCUGGUCAGUGCCUUUGUGGUCUUCCUGGUCUUCAUUGCCAGCACCAUCGUCAGUGUGGGCUUCACCAUGUGGUGUGACACCAUCACGGAGAAGGGCACUGUGCCCCACAGCUGUGAGAAGUUCCAGGACGUGGACCUGGAGCUGAACGUGGACAACUCUGCCUUCUACCGCCAGUUUGCUGUCGCCCAGUUUGGCCUGUGGGCCUCGUGGCUGGCUUGGCUGGCGAUCACCACCCUGGCGUUCCUGAAGGUUUACCACAACUACCGCCAGGAAGACCUGCUUGACAGCCUGGUUCAUGAGAAGGAGCUGCUGCUGGCCAGGCCAGCCUCUCGCACCUCCUUCCAGGGGGAGAAGAGUGCUGUCAUCUAGGCUGUGCAAGGAUGGCCCCUUUCCUGAGGCCUGCACUGCGGGGUGGCUGGGGCCCCACCCAGGCUUGCCAGUGCAGCUCCGCAUGUGUCUCUCGGCCCCGCCCACCGUGAGCAGAGCACUUGUGUUCCCAUGGAGAGCCUGACAGUGAUGCCACAGAGACCCAGAGACUUGGGGUUGCGGUGCCUUCUGACUUCUUAUCCUGGCCUUGGUUAGUGUGAUCCCUACUCUGCCUCUGUGUGACCAUCUGCCCAUAUAUGUGCAUGUAUGUGAGCAUGUGUGUAGAUGGGAGUGUGACUGCAGAACAGAGCUGAUGGCGCUGGGUUAGCAGCCUCCUUGCACCGCCACAGGCUCCGGCACACCCAAGUCCCUGCCCUUCCCAGAGGGGGCCAUCUUUCCAUUCUAUAGCAUCUUCAGCGAAGGUCCCCAGGAGGCACUGCUCCCCCUCCGCCAUAGCAGCUGAUGGAGGAUCCUGGUCAGAAUGUGGGAGUCUGGGCUGGGCUCUGUCCUCUGUUCUGUGAGGAUAUCUGGGGCUGCUUGGCUGUGGUCGGAGAGUGUUACCCUCCACUCUUGAGAUUUUCUAGGUGGCAUGAUCCUCUGUGUUCUAGGAGUGGGGCCUUUAUAGCAGAAGAGGUCCCGCCUAUCUGGAUUUCAGGGAGUGCAUUCGUUGUUCCUGACCCUAGUCUGAAGUUGUGCUCAGAGCUGUUCCUCCAUUUGCAGGCAAGGUGAUCCUCAGCUGUGUCAGCAUCCUGUCUACCAUCAGUGGUUGGUGUGAUCCUAGCCGUGUCAGCUCCCUGUCCACCAUCAGUGGUUGGUGUGAUCCU